CAUGUAACGGACAAAUCUAACUUGUCCUCUCCUUUUACUCGAUUUCAGUACCACUCUCUCUUCCCACUUCAACUCCACCACCUCCUUCUCUCUCUCUCUCUCUCACACACGUACAAUGGCUUCUCUCACACCAGGAAUCCUCCUGAAGCUCCUCCAAUCAAUGAACUCCACGUCUCGCGUCACCGGCGACCACCGCUCCGCUCUCCUCCAAGUCAUCGGCAUAGUCCCCGCACUCGCCGGCUCUGACCUCUGGCCCAACCACGGCUUCUACGUUCAGCUCUCCGAUUCUCUCAACUCUACUUACGUUUCUCUCUCUGAACGCGACAACGAGCUCAUCUUAACCAACCGAUUGCAGCUCGGCCAGUUCGUCUACGUCGACCGCUUCGACUUCGACUCGCCUGUCCCGCGCGUGUGCGGCAUUCGCCCUAUCGCCGGCCGCCACGCCUUCGUCGGAACUCCCGAGCCUCUCGUCGCGCGUAUUUCGGCCUCGAAGCGCGAGUUCGUGAUUCAACCCGUGACGGCCGAUUCGGACCGGUCGGCGGAUCCGAUUGCGGUUUACUUGUCGAGCAGGAGAUCAGAGGAGUCUCGAAGCGAUAGCGAAAGCGAGAGGAAGGAGUCGAUGAAAAGUGAAUCGAAAGCUGAAAAGGGAAGAAGAUCAAGUUCAAGGCGGGCUUUAGCGCCUAUUGGAAAUGUAGGAGGAGAUUCCGAUGAACCAAAAGCUCCCGAUCGGCCUCAGAGGUUCUCAUCCCCUGCGGCUUCUAAAAGAUCGGUAUCGGUCGGGAAGAAGAAUGUCGGUGUUGCGGCGGAGAGAGAUCCAUCGCCGGCCGGAAAAGGAAAGAGAUCGGCGUCUCCGGUGCCUUCCAAAUGCGUGGUUCCGAGCUUGAUUGCAGCACGCGAAGAGAAUCGGAAAACGUCGAAGGAGCCGGCGAUUGUCGUGCCGUCAAGGUACCGGCAAGCGUCUCCGUCGGGGCGGAGACAAGCUUCACCUAAUUCACGCAGGACCUCGCUUUCUCCGGGGAGGAGAUUAUCAGGUGUGAAGCUUUCGCCAAUGGUGGCCGCUGCGGAUUCGACCAGUAAGAAGAAGAUGGCGAGUAUUGUGGCCGGAAUUUCGAAAGUCUCAGAAGCACUUGUUGGCUCUGCAAAGACAAAUAGGAAGAGCUGGGAUGAGCCGCCGCCGCCAUCAGCGGCAGACGCGGCAGCAGCCUCAGCCCCUGUGGAGCCGAAAGAGAAGGCUGUAUCAAAGAAGAAACCGGAUCCGCAAGCAAUUUUGCGGACUCAGGCUGCAAUUUCUAGACGUAUAAGUGAUGUGAAUGGUCGAAGACCUAAUACGGAUGAUUCUCCAACUGAUGAGAAAACAAAACCUAGUUCUCCUGACAGUCAUCUGAAUGGGGAGAAACCUAACUUUGAAGCUCUUGGCAUCGCUGUUCAUGAAAAGAAAUGGACUGAUGGUAGCGUUCCAUUGGAUGCAGUGUCUUCAGAUCUUGCUAGGCUUGGAAAGGAGGCCAUGCAAAGGAGAGUUCUUGCUUCUGCAGCUGCAGCUGAAGCAUUGGAGGAAGCCCUUGCUACUGAGUCUAUUGUGAGGAGUUUAAGCAUGUUCUCAGAACUCUCUUCUGAAUCUAAGGCUGGAAAUCCUCUGCCAACCAUUGAUCGGUUCUUCACAAUCUAUAACAAUGUUGUGAAAUUCACUGUGAUUGCUGAAUCAGUAGCUAGUAGCCACAAUGCUGAUACACCUAAUGAUAUUAUUCCCUCAGAGAAAUCAAAAUCUAUUUCUCUCUGGGUAGAAGCUGCCUUGGCCACGGACCUUCAGAUUGUCUCUCUUCUUACCAGCCAAGAUCCUGAACCUCCAUCAACUCUGCAGAAAAGUUUGUCAAAAAGACAAUCUCACAAUGCACCUACCAAGAACCAUCUAAAAACUUCUUCAUGUCCACAAUCUAAUCCUAGUCAUGGGGUGUGGACAAGGGGACAUGGAAUGAAAGACACAGUUGAGCUUGCAAAUAAGUUGCUGUCUGAAAUGCAAAUUUGGUUUCUAAGAUUUGUCGAGGAGUCACUUGAAGCAGGUUUUAGAGUGUUCAGAGAGAGUGCUACUGAUGGGAGUAAAACAAUCUCUCUUGAUGGUGGCUCCAUUGCAGUAGUGUUAUCACAGUUGAAGCGAGUCAAUGAUUGGUUGGACCUUGUGAUUUCAAAAGGGGAUGAGCUACUGACAGAAAAGGUUGAGCGGUUGAAACGAAAGAUCUAUGGGUUUGUCAUCCAACAUGUUGGAACUACGUUUGAUUGAUAAAUCCUUGCCCCUUGCUUCAUCUUGAUAUUCUCUCUUUUUUCUUUCAUUAAUUUAGUUCUUCUGUAUCUUUUGUUUAAAGUUUAUAUGAGCAAGACAUGCUUCUUAAAUCAAAUUGCUUGAGUCUCUUUUUCCAAGGAAAAAUUAUGACUUGAUUCAUUGUAAAGUGCUUUCAGCAGGUUCCAAAAUCUGGACUUUUAUAAAAAAUAUAUAUGCUUCCUUGCUAAUGAA